GCUUUCUUAGGGCCCUCAGUCUUAGCUUGGCGCGUUAAAACUUAAAACUCAGAACACAGAAGUCAUCUCCUUCACACUAUCACUAUCAGAAGUGAAAGGAAACUAGUGCGGUAGUGGAAGUCGGUGUGCAGGCUAGCAGUGGAGCUCGGAUGAUGGGUUCUUUGCAACAGCCUGUGAGGGCCACGAGACCCUCAUUUCCUUUGAAGGGGUUUGGCAUUUCUGGGUUACCCAACCAAAUUAAUUUAAAUUCAGUGAAGCCCUGUAGGUCUUCUCAUCUUGAAGGGAGUUUUGUUACUGGGCGGCUACCCUCUUCUGUCUCUGUCCCUGUGCCUGAAAUCAGUGGUAACAGAAGCACUUUUGUGGAUUAUGGCCUCAGUGAAGCAGAUGCUGAGGUGCGUGCAAUUAUUGACAAGGAGAAAGAGAGGCAGUUCAAAAGCCUUGAAUUAAUUGCCUCAGAAAACUUCACCUCUCGAGCAGUGAUGGAGGCAGUUGGUUCAUGCCUAACAAACAAGUAUUCUGAGGGACUACCUGGUAAAAGAUAUUAUGGUGGAAAUGAAUACAUAGACGAACUUGAAACUCUCUGUCAAAAAAGGGCUUUAGCAGCAUUUCACUUAGAUGAAACUAAGUGGGGUGUUAAUGUUCAACCAUUGUCAGGAUCUCCUGCUAAUUUUGAGGUUUAUACAGCAAUUCUCAAUCCACAUGAUCGAAUAAUGGGUUUGGACUUACCUCAUGGGGGACAUUUGUCUCAUGGGUUUAUGACUCCUAAAAGACGGGUAUCUGGCACAUCUAUUUAUUUUGAGUCAAUGCCUUAUCGACUCAAUGAAUCUUCAGGUCUUGUUGAUUACAACAUGCUUGAGAAAACUGCUAUUCUUUUUCGACCAAAGCUCAUUAUUGCUGGUGCUAGUGCAUAUCCUAGAGAUUUCGACUAUCCUCACAUGAGAAAGAUCGCUGAUGCUGUUGGUGCAUUUCUCAUGAUGGAUAUGGCUCACAUAGGUGGCCUUGUUGCUGCUUCUGUGGUUGCUGACCCCUUUGAGUAUUGUGAUAUUGUGACAACAACAACACAUAAGUCUUUGAGAGGUCCAAGAGGUGGCAUGAUCUUUUUCAGAAAGGAUCCUGUUCUAGGAGUUGACUUGGAAUCUGCCAUUAAUAAUGCUGUUUUCCCAGGAUUACAGGGUGGUCCUCAUAACCACACAAUUGGUGGUCUUGCAGUUUGCUUGAAACAUGCACAGUCUUCAGAGUUUAAGGCUUACCAGAAUAAGGUUGUUUCUAAUUGUAGAGCUCUUGUGAGCCGACUGGUUGAACUGGGUUAUAAAUUGGUAUCUGGUGGAAGUGACAAUCACCUAGUACUUGUGGAUCUUAGGCCAUUGGGUAUGGAUGGCGCUCGGGUGGAGAAAAUACUUGACAUGGCCUCUAUCACACUGAACAAAAAUUCUGUGCCUGGUGAUAAGAGUGCCCUUGUGCCAGGAGGCAUUCGCAUUGGAUCUCCAGCAAUGACCACCAGAGGAUUCACAGAAAAGGAAUUUAAAGUCAUUGCUGACUUCAUCCAUGAAGGUGUUCAAAUAACCAUAGAUGCUAAACGUCUAAUGUCAGGAUCAAAGCUCCAGGAUUUCUUGAAGUUUGUUACAUCACCUGAUUUCCCUCUGAUGGAUAAGGUGUCGGAUCUUCGUAGCAGAGUUGAAGCGCUCACUACUAAGUUUCCAAUACCCGGUGUAUGAAGGAGAUAGUUGGCUUGUGAGAGGAGUCCAGAAAACUAUUUUAAGAUUUGUAUUUUAAUUGCUUUCUUCACGGGAAGAUAACAAAUUUUGUAAUUUUUUCUGAUGUUAAGAUUGAAUUUUAUCUGAAGCCAAGAUUUGUACCGGUUAUCAGCAGACAAUAACAAACAGUACCAAUGGAAGUAAAUGCUUCUAAAUAAUCACUAAUGUAUUUUGAUUUUCCUUAGGCUUUUGUUUUUCUAAACAAAUACAAUUAUCUAGGACUACUAAGGAAGUGGGAGAAAGAGGAGCUUGGAGUUGAAAUUCAAAUCUCUCAGCGGUAUUCUUAUUAAUGAAUAAAGUGGAAUCACUUCA